AUGGCUCGUGAUACUACUACUACUACUACUACUUUGACUGAUGCGAAUGAUGGCACUGGCGCCAAGUCACCUUCACGCAAGUCCAAGCCUUGCCUCGAUGAGAUUGUGCGUGGCGAAUGGCUCAAGGAAGCGCAGCGAGCCCAGCAGACUGCCGCAUCAUCAUCAUCAUCAUCAUCAUCAUCAUCAUCAUCAUCCUUUGGUGCUAGUCAAAGUAGCAGUGCUGGUACUCCUGCCAGGUCGAAUUCAAGCCCGAGUAUCCGACUGCCCGCCACCGAAACCGCACGACCCGCUGCCUCUGCCUCUGCCUCCGCCUCUGCUGCUGCUGAAUCAAGCACGCAAUCUCUGUCCGAUGCUGACGACCAAGACGACGACGACGACGGCACCGAGAGUGCAAAGGAGCUGGAAGAGCUCAUUGCGCAACGCGAGCCGAGAUUCUUGGCGCUGCUCACGGCCGACCCGUCGCGCAGCAAUCUCGCGCAAACCGUCGCUGCCGAAGCUUCGUCGCUCAUUGCGACAAUCUACGCGCACUUGUCUGUGCAUCAACUGCGGCAUACGGUGUGCUCGGCGCUGCUUGAGGUCAAUCUACACGCACAUCAUGGGCGCCAUCGCUCCACCGGCUCAGCCAACAUCGUGCCUGGCGAGCAAACCGCGCGCAAUUGCGCGUCUGUCACGCUCGAUCUGCUCAUUGCCGUGUUUGAACAGCCGGCCAAAGGGUUGGAGCGCAAGACAAAGCGCAAAGCCGUUGCCAUUCUGCUGCUGAGCUGCUUGGAGCGCGUCAUGCGCAAGGACCACGCCGCCGUGCACAUUCAUGGUACCGUCGCUGCACAUGACAUUGCCACUGGGAGCAUCCCGUGCACCCCGGACGUUCCAGCCACUCCAGGAUCGGAGGCGUCAACCCCCACGCUCAACGGAGGCACCAACGCGAGCGAUUACUUUGCCGACCGCCACCACUUCACAGCAGCGACAGCGGAUGAUGCCGACUCGAUGCGCACCGCGAGCACGCUGACACUUGGCAUUGCGCUUCACAUCACCGACCAGCUGCGCACUCGGGCCGCGACGCUGCUCGAAUUUGCCGACCCUCUGUCUGUGCGCGAACUGGCCAAACUCUUCGACCUUGCUCGUUUGCCAUCCACAAAAUCGCUCCUCGUGCAGUACAUCCAAGGCCACUUUGAAGAAAACCACCUCAAGGAGGCGGCCGAUUUGAUUGUCGAGCUGAAUCUGUACGAGAACUUUAACAUUGCCGAGCUGCUGACCUCGCUCGCCCUCUCCGACAAGCUUUCUGUGGCCGAACGGCUGGUUGGCAACUCGACCGAACGCGCGGUUUUGCUCAUCAAGAUUUCCGACAGCUUUUCGGCGAUCAGAGACUACGCCUCGAGCCCGUACUUUGUGCCGGCUCGCCACGCUGGGCUUGUCCGCAAGAAGCAGCUCCGCGGCAAGAGCUGGGCGAAAACCACCCUCAAGCUGAUUGACAAGUGGAAGCUGCCACAGGACGCCGUCGACGUCUCGAGCUCCAUCGCCGUCAAGCGCAUGGGCGCCCUCAAGUUUUUGCUGCGGUCCAAGUACGCGUCCAUUACCGGCGCGGCGGCACCUGCAGACAACGAAGACGACGACGGCGCGCCUGCGGCGGCGGUGGCGGCGGACGCGCCCAAGUGGGGCUCGGUGGGCCCGGGUUCCCGCCAGACGUUUCUCAUCAAGCCCGCGGCCAACUGGGACGAGUUGCUUGAUGUGGCCGUGCGCGACGACCACGAGCUGCAGGUCACGCUUGUGCGCGAGGCGUUGGCCAUGCAGGACUUUGCCUACGCGCUCGACUGCGCCGAAAAGUUUGCCGUCACCUCGGCCGAAGUGGACAUGCGGGACUUGUCAGGGACCCCGUUGGACCUGACACAGCUCGCAGUCCAAUAUGCUGACGCCAUUGCGCAACGUCGAGAGCAAGCUGCUCAAGGACCGCAGCUCUUGCAGGAUGGCAGUGACGAAAGUUCCGACGUGCUGACGUUGCCCGUUGAGGUGUCAGAGCCCACGUUUGUCACAACCCCCGAACAGCUGAACGAGGUGUCGGCCUACCUGCACGUUCCCGGCACGGUCGUCGGGAUGGACACUGAGUGGCGCCCAACGGUGAUGAACAGCAAGGGUUCGUCCGCCACAGCUCUGCUGCAGCUGGCCACGCGAGAUCGCACCAUCCUCAUCGAUACGUGUGUCUUGCGUGGCGCUGUGCUCGGCCAGUUUGUGGACAGGCUGUUCAGCGAUGCGGCAGUCACGAAAAUCGGCUACGCCAUGACCGGCGACAUGAGUGCCCUUCAGAUGUCGUGCACGCCAGAUCCGCCGCCCUCAUCUGCGACAGGAACUGCGGGUGCCAGUGGAAGUCUGCCGGCGAAAAUUCGCUCUGCGCGCAAAAAGGAGCCCCGCGGACACCAUUUCCCGGCGAUUCGUUCGCUGAUUGAUCUGGCCCAACUGACAAGCCACGCCGGUGUUGUGGCACAGUUCGGUGUCAUUGCACCGGGCUUGGCUGGUCUUGUUCGCGCCGUCCUGAAGAAGACUCUCGACAAGCGGCAGCAAAUGUCCGACUGGGAGCGUCGUCCGCUUCGCCCGGCGCAGGUUCACUAUGCAGCUCUGGAUGCCUUCUGCCUGCUCAAGCUUCACGACUUGAUGGAUGCUGCCAUGAAAGCAUUCGAUGCCGCGCAUCCGCCGGCUCAAAGCCACGAUCGUGCGCAAACCGCUCUGUUUGGCGGUGAUGCAGACGACUCUGGCAGCUCAAAUGUCGCCUCCUUGCCCAAUAUUCCAGCAGCAGAGUUGGCUGCAUUGAGGGCGCCGCUCGGAGCACAGUUCCAGGCCAACACGACGCCGAUUCCCGAAGACCAGCGCGUGCGAGUGAGUGACAUUCGGUUUUUGGCCGACUCCUCCCUGGCACGAUUGUGCCGUCGCUUGCGCGGCGUGGGCAUUGACUGUGAAGUCUACGUCGAUCGUGACUCGGAGGGCUUUUUGCGAGCUUCGCGACAGCAAGGCCGCAUUCUGCUGGGCCAUGGUCAAAUGUUUCGCAACGCCGCGAAAAAGUGCCAGCCCGGACGCGCGCUCCAAGUCACAACGGACAAGCCGCGCGUGCAGCUGAUGCAAGUGCUGCGGCAUUUUCGAGUGGAUGUUCGCAAGGAGGACGUGCUGUCGCGGUGCCAGCUGUGCAACUCGGUCGGCUGGAUCCCGCGGACCUUGGAUGCCCUGCUUGUCAGUGGCUUUACCUUUCCUGGCAAGAAAGGCGACAAGCUGACUGCGGCACGCGACGCCCUGACGGAAUUCCGCGAGUGCGGAGGUUGUCACAAGAUUUACUGGGAAGGCCAAGGCUUCUUCCGUGUUCUCCGUCGCAUGGAAAUGUUCUUUGAAGGCAAAGAAGCCGUCUAUGAUGCACCGACCGACGGUUCCGCAGCCAGUGAGUCUGCCCCUGCGGCCGCCGCUGACAAUAGCGACGAUGAAUGA